UAGGCUUUUUCUUAGCAUACUGACCCCUACAUAUGGGCAAAAUAUAAGCAAAAUCGGCGUGAAUCACUUGAAACGGUUCCCUCGUGAGUUAAAUUAUAUUGUAUGAAAAAACUUGAUACGAUAUCUUCAUCUGAAUUUUUAUCUUGAUUGCUAAUGAAUCAGUUUAUAACAGCCAAACCUUCGACUACUCUUCUUAUUCUCUCUUGUUAUGAUAUAAGCAUGAAUUUUCUAGUUUGAAAUCUAUUAAAUUGAUUGAGAGCUAUCCGAUCUGAAAUUUCUUCCGUCCUAUCACGUUUGUACUGAAAAAGGGUAUAGUUUAAAACUUCUCGUGAGUCAUAUAGGAAAGAUAUGAAAGAAUACAAGAAUGUACAAGAUUUCAAAGUUUGAAAUUUUUCCACAUUAUAAUAAAAUACUGAUUGUUAUGGCAACAAAAAGGAAAAAAACGCUUUUCUAAUACCCUAUGUGUAUUCAUAAUUGAAGGUGGAAGAAAGAAAAUAUUAUCUGUUUUUUUUUUGUAGAGUUUUCAAAUUCGUGAUGAAGAUUUCAAUAAUAUCUUUAGUGAUUUACCAUCCAAUGAACAAUUAAUUGUUUCUUAUCCAUGUGCAUGGCGAAAAGAAAUUCUUAUGCAUGGACGAAUGUUUCUUUCAGUUAAUUAUAUAUGUUUUUAUACAUGUUUUCUUAAAUGGAAAGAAAGUUUAUCUAUUGCAUAUAAAGAUAUUGCAAGUGUUACAAGAGAAAAAUCAGCUAAAGUACUUCCAAAUGCAAUUAAAUUACGAAAACGAAAUCAUGAACAAUAUUUUUUUGCUAGUUUUAUACCAAGAGAACGAAUUUAUAUUGCUGUAUUUCGUCUAUGGCAAAAUGCUUUACUUGAACAACCAUUAAAUUAUGAACAAUUACGAGCUAUUGUUUUUGCUGAUCAAUUCAAUAUUGGUGAAUCAAGUGAAGAUAGUGAAGGAUCUAUUGAAGGAGAACAUCAUAAUCAAUAUCCUGUGAAUGUAAGUUUAAGUCGUUGUUUUGCUGCACGUUCACUUCAACAUCUUCCUUUUCAUAUCUUAGAAACUGGAGUUAAAAGGUUACUGAGCUCUGGAAAAAAAGGUGAUGAACGACAUUAA